AUGGGCGAAAAGUGCUCGGAAUUUGAACUCAUGGAGGGGAGAAAACCUUCUGUUGCAGAAGCAUCCAAGUUGCUCGCUGAUUACCUGUCCCUUCAUCCUGACAGCGAUGAUAGUUUCUCACUUGGAAUACUGAUCGCUGGGUGGGAUGACGAAUCGGGACCUGCCCUGUAUAAAGUGAACAGUCAGGGAAAACUGCUUAAAGACUCGGUGGUUGCAACUGGAUGUGGUUCACCUACCUGUGGUUAUUUUGAUUAUCCCAUGUUCGAUGUCAAGGGCGCAUCUGGGAAUAAAGCUUUGGAUUUGGCCAAAAGAGCACUUUGUAUUGCUUUGUAUGACGUGCAUGAAAGUUUGCAUCACCGUCUUCCAUGUUGGACGAAAUGGGACUCAAGUGGCUGGUCACGAAUGAUGAUGUAG